AUGUCCACUCCGGGAGAACGGAAGUUCUCCCAGAAACUCAUGGAACUAAAGGCUUGCAACCGGCCCGCUACCAAAACGGAAAAUGACUUAUUGGAUUGGGCGAUCUGUACUUAUAACGCACGUACGCUUGCAUCGGAAGCGGCCAUCGAAGAUCUGAUGAUGCAAGCCAAGAAGAUCAAGUACGACGUCAUCGGACUGACCGAGACGAGACGAUGUCACCCUAUCAACGCCAUAUAUGAAACUGGAGAAGAACUGUUCUUAGGAACAUGCGAUAGUAGAGGUGUUGGUGGAGUUGGCGUCCUCGUCAACACGAGAACGGCAAAAAACAUCGACUCUUUCGAACAAUUUACGACCCGAAUCGGACGUCUGCGGAUGAGAAGAUGUGGUCCAACACCAGCUUUGACUAUCUUCGUCGCUUACGCUAAAACAUCAAGCUACGAAGAAGGAGAAAUCGAAGCUUUCUAUAUGGACCUGGAGAAGUUCUACCGAGAAGAUCAUGACCAGGGGGAGAGGCUCUCCGAGUUCAUCAUGAAAACUAAGACCAUCCAUGGGAACUCACAAUUCCAGAAGCCCUCCUCUCUACGCUGGACGUGGGAGUCACCCGGUGGAGGAUACCGUAAUGAAAUAGACCACAUCAUCGUCAAUAAAAGAGAGAGAAAUCCCAGGACUACCAUCAACUGGGAUCUCUUCGCUACGCUAGCCUGCUUUUGGGAAGAUUCUGCAAUGGACAACAUCGACGAGGAAUAUGACCGACUCGUUGUACACCUUCACGACUGUGCGAAGAAGGCUGAGAGUUUUAAAACGACCAAGAGACGCCUGUCUCUUCAAACUCUUGAGCUGAUACGCCAGCGUGGAGCAGCACGAGCCGCAGGGAACCAAGAACUCACGUCCGAGCUCGCAAGGCUUUGCAGAGAGGCGAUAAAGGAAGACCUUAAAGAGAGAAGAGCAGAAGUGCUGGCUGAAGCUGCAGAGGCGGGGAAAAGCAUCCGCUAUGCCCGUCGAGACUUCGCCAGUUCGCAAGACGAGGAUGACUGCUCUCCGGAACCCAAAGGGAACAGCCAUUGCAUCGAGAAGGGGGAUGGAGAAAAUCAUCUACGACUUCUACUCUGA